AUGUCUUUGCUAGCCGGCUUUGCAUUGAUGUUUGUGCUAGACAAUUGCUCGCUUCGUUUCGAGUUAUCAAGCGACUCUAACAACCUGGAGUGGAGAAGAAAACUUGUCUCUGUAGCCACAUCCACAUUGACAGUGGGGCUUCUUCUGCACUCUUUCGUUGAUGGAAUAGCGUUGGGGACUUCUUUCUUGAACGGAGAUACUUCUUUCGAGCUCCUCUUUUUUUUCGUCAUCAUCAUCCAUAAGUUGCCUACGGCUAUGAGUCUUUCUGUCGUACUCCUACAAGAAGGACUUCCGGCUGAAAUGUGCCAGUUUCAUGCAUUACUAUUUUCCUUGUCAACGCCUCUUGCUUCCAUAUUGACAUACACUAUAGCCAUUUGCUUUGAUGUGAAGAGUCUUUUCGCCGUGGGAUGCCUUCUUCUAAUCAGUGCUGGAACAUUCUUGUACAGCGUAAUGCAUGUGAUGAAUGAAAUCACACACAAGGCCGACUAUUCUCCUAUGGAAGAACAGAGGCCCGAAUCCAUGUCUCGCCUGCAGUUACUUCUUGCUGCAUUGGGAAUGGUAGUACCAGUCGCUUUUGCUCAAUUGGGUUAA